AUGGCUCAGUCAAAAUCAAAAAACAUGUGUUGUGUAGUGAACUGUUCCAACACAUACAAAACUUCAAAACACCUCAAAUUCUUUUCAUUUCCCAAUAGACAGUAUGAACAGGAAUUGAAAAAAAAAUGGAUUAGAGCUGUAAACCGUUUAGAGGAAAAUGGAAAAUUAUGGAUGCCGACUACUCGAAGUUUGAUAUGUUCAGAUCAUUUUGUAGGAAACAUACGAUCUAAAGAUCCACAAAGUCCAUCUUAUAUUCCAUCUAUUUUUCCAAAAAUGUACAAUAAACCUAAACCCAAUACUGAUCAACAAAUUAAUAGAUACAACCGUUCUAGAAAUCGGUCAGAAUUAAGAAAUAGUAAAGCUAUGAAUGAUUCUACCAUCAACACACUUGAUGUUCAUAUUACUGAUAUUAAUGUAGACCAACAUUCUAAUUUAAACACUAAAUGUGAUGUUAGUACACAAGUUAGUUUAAAUAUUUCUGGUAAUGAUAACUUUAUUUUUGAAUGCAUACAAAAUAAAAACAAUGUAAACACACAAGUUUCAGUUCCCAAAAGUUUUGAUAAUAAUUUUUCUAAACCAUGUUUACUUGACAAAAUGUGUGGGCCAGAUUCAAAUGAAAUCUCAUAUUUAUCACGUGAAUCAUUUAAAGGGUUUGAAUCAAUAACAAAUGAAAAACGCCUAAUAAGUUUAACUGGGACUUCAUUUUGUGUAUUUAAUCUUUUACUUUCUUUUUUAAAACCUACUUUAAACAUAAAUUCUGUUAAAAAAGAGAAUAGAUUACUUAUUUUCUUAAUAAAAAUAAAACUGGGUAUUAGCUAUUCAGCAAUCAGUGUGUUAUUUGGAAUCGAUCCUUCUACAGUUUCAAGAAUAUUUACUGAAUGUCUUAAUUUUUUAAGUUCAAAGACUAAAAACUUUAUUUUUUGGCCCGAUAAAUAUUCAGUAAAACAAUGUUUACCUGAAGCUUUUAAAAUAAAUUAUCCAGAUUGCAGAUGUAUUAUUGAUUGUACUGAAGUUAAGGUCGAGCAACCAAAUACUGUAGAACAACGGGUUUAUUUAUAUUCAAGAUAUAAAAGUAAUUAUACAAUAAAAUUUCUUGUGGCAAUCAACCCAAAUGGUAUGAUUUGUUUUGUUUCAAAAUGUUAUGGUGGUAGGUCAAGUGACUCAUAUAUUACAAACGAUUCAGGAUUUUUAAAAAAAUUAGAACCCGGUGAUCAGGUACUUGCUGACAAAGGGUUUCCUGGCAUACAAACUGAAAUUGAAAAUAGUAACAGUAUUUUAAUUAUGCCCCCAAUAUUGCAUAAUGGCCGUUUUUCCGAGACAGAAAUACUGGAAACAUAUAGUAUAGCUAGUGUUCGUAUACACAUUGAAAGAGUCUUUGCACGAAUGAAAAUGUAUGGUAUCCUUAAUAAAUUAAAAAUUAACCUUCUUCCCCAUGUUGAUGAUAUUGUACAUAUAUGUUGCGUUUUAACCAAUCUGCAAUUACCUAUAAUUAAGUCUUAA